GACCGCCCUUUUUUCUUUUGUGCCUAGAACAGACACCCAGCGAUUUCACGUAGCACAUCGUAAAUCGCACCUGCACGAGACAAGCGGCACCACCGAGAUACACAAUUUUUACGACACUGGCUGUACCAAGGCCGUUACUAGGCCUUGUAGCGUCCUGCCGGGAGAUGGCGGCUUCCGUAACCCGCCUGGCCGCGUCGGGCGCGCCGCAGCAAACCCAAGAUGGCAGUCCCGUCCCACCUGGCUCCGCUUCCGAACCUGUUCUCCCCUCCCCAGUGCUUUCGGAACCAUGGCCGCGGCCCUACUAUUUUGAGGACGGCCUGCGUCGCGUCUCACCCUACUUUUAUACGUACAACACGUGGUGCAAAGAAAGAUGGCGAGGCCGGCAACUGGUUGACGUGUUUCAGAGCGAGUUCCGCGACCGGCCCGUUGAAUACUACCGCGAAGCCAUGGUGUCUGGCCUGGUUGCCGUCAACGGAAAGACCGUGGGCCCUCACCACAUACUAAAGAACGGACACCUCAUAUCUCAUACCACUCAUCGCCACGAACCCCCUGUUACCGCCGACCCUAUCGGCGUCAUUCACGAGGAUGAUGACAUGAUCGUCAUCAACAAACCGUCGGGCGUGCCUGUUCACCCGGCUGGACGCUACAACUACAACUCCAUUGUUGAGAUCAUGAAAGCGGAGAGGGGCCUUGAUUUUACCCCGCGACCCUGCAAUAGACUCGAUAGGUUAACGAGCGGUAUCAUGUUCAUCGCGAAACACGCCAAGGCUGCCGAGCAACUCGGGGUCCAGAUUUUCCAAAGGAGUGUUCGGAAAGAGUACGUCGCCCGCGUCAUCGGCAAAUUCCCCGACGGGGAGGUCGUGUGUGACCAGCCCAUUCUUCAGAUCUCCCCCAAGCUCGGGUUGAACAGGGUGCGAGCCAACGGAAAAGCCGCGAGGACUGUCUUCAAGCGCCUGGCAUACUACCCCCCAGCUUCCGACUUAGGCGUGUCUCGGGAUGGUAGUGGGCCGACGGGGUCGGCGGAGGAAUCGGCUACCGAGCGGCCAGAAUCGGUCCCUCAGCCGACCAACGGCCGCAAGGCAGAUGAAGGCUAUUCCAUCGUGCGAUGCUUGCCUGUCACGGGCAGGACUCACCAGCUUAGGGUUCAUCUGCAGUUCCUGGGACAUCCAAUCCAAAACGACCCGAUCUAUGCCAACCAACGGGUCUGGGGCUUGGGUCUGGGCAGCAACGAUGCCGAGGGGACUCUGAACACCGACGAGGACGUCGUCACUCGCCUCUCCCGCAUGGGCAAGGACCAGGUGGCUGAUGCGGUCGCGUACUACGACGAGAUGGUGGAUGAUUACUACAAAAAGAAGGCCGAGAAAAUGUCGGGCGAGGUUUGCUCUCUCUGUAGCACUCCGCUCUACACUGACCCCGGAGAUCAAGAACUCGCGCUGUGGCUCCACAGUCUCCGGUAUGAGGAUGCCGAGGGGGCUUGGAGUUACGUCAGCCCUCUGCCUGCCUGGGCCUUGCCACCAGAGGGGGCCAGCGGACCAACACAAGUUGGCGGGAUGGAGGAUUUGGUUGGCGCAGCUGGGGACGUCAUUGUUGAGUGAGACCACACAACCCGUGGCACGAAGGAGGAGGCAUCUCCGGUGUACCCUGUUGAUGGUGGGGAGAUAGACCGAUGCCCGAAGACGAACGAAGGGGGAUAGCCCUCCUAAGGCUAGUCACGCCUCCGAUAUAUCCUUCUCUCUAUGGUACAUCAUUGUACCGUAUGUCUAGCUUUUUCGCUCGCAUGUUCCUACCCUGACCCCCCCUCUUUAC